AUGCGCCAAGGCGUAGUGCCUACAGCAGAUCAAGCUUUGAAGGACUCCCGUUCGGAGCCCGAUUGCACCAGAUCCCUUCCCGCUCCUCCGACAGCCUCGACCGCAGGGGCGCCAGGAUCGGCAGCUAGGGGCACCACCACCAGUUCUAGGGGCACGUCGAAAAGGCACGUCUUGUCCAGGCCACAGGUAAAUCAUUCAUAG